UAGCUUUUCAAACUUAGCCGCUGUUUAUUAUUUUUGUUUUUUAAAGAAAACUCGUCAUUUCCGAUUACUUUGGAGAGUAUUUUAACUAGAGAGCAUCUGAACUGUUUGUCCUGUAUAUUCUUCAGUGCUCUCUGGGCCUCUUUACGAACUAACUCCCUGUUAACUGUAGGGGCUAGAUGUUAGCACCAGCAGCUCUGCCUGUCAGCAGCAGGAAAAGGUGAACAGGAUGAGGCUUAAAGAUGGGUCAGUGGUUGCUGAUGCAUGUUGCUUUUGUGUUUGCCUACAAAUAUCUCAUUAGAAACAUAUCUCCACAUCGUUUAUAAAACAAUUGAAAGUUACCAUAUGGCACAGCAAACAUCAGCAGGACAGCGCUACUUACAAACUUUCAUUAGUGGAUUCUUUGUUGCUGUUCCCGUCACAGUUACUAUCCUAGAUAAACUGGCGUAUGUGGCUCGAGUGGAAGGAGCAUCCAUGCAGCCAUUCCUUAACCCAGAUGUGGGAGCCCAGUCUGAUGUUGUCUUGCUGAAUCGUUGGAGUGUAAGAAACAACCAAGUUCAAAGAGGGGACAUUGUCUCUGUUGUUUCCCCUAGAAAUCCCAAGCAGAAGAUCAUCAAGCGUGUCAUUGGCCUAGAGGGAGACUUCAUCAGGACUCUAAGCUACAAGAAUCGAUAUGUGCGGGUCCCUAACGGUCAUUUGUGGAUAGAGGGGGAUCAUCGUGGACACAGUCUGGACAGCAACUGCUUUGGACCGGUGUCACUGGGGCUCCUGCAUGGCAGGGCCUCCCACAUCAUCUGGCCACCAAAUCGUUGGCAACGCAUUAAACCAUCUCUACCGCCAAACAGAGAACCACUGGAUGCUGAAGAAGAUGAUGAAUAAAAAAAAGAUGAAAUAGCUUUUGUACAAAUUUUUUUAAGCAAACGCUGUACCAAUAUCUAUUUCCUCAGUAUGUGAUCGUUUGAAUUCGAAUAUUCAAGUGCUUUGAUUGGGUUGCUUGUUUUUGUGUUCUUUUAAUCACUGUAAAGUAAACCGUUGGUAUUUCCAACUUGGAACUAUUUUCUCUGAGGUUGUCAGCUUUUGAAGCUUCAAACCUGAAUACAGUUAUAAUCCCGAACAUUUUCCUUUGAAACUGAAUUUUACACAUUGACAUUCAAUAGAGCAGAGGACUUCAACGUGGAGGUUGGAGUCACGACCCCUCGGUGGGUCUCAGCUUUGCUCUGACUCACCUCUGAUUGAGACAUUUUUUGUAGAUUUUUAAAAAUUUUAAAGUUAUGUCUUUAAAUCCACAUCAACAUUAAUCUAACAUGUAACAAAUCAGUAAAUGAGCAUAUCAGAAAUGCACACAUUCAGGGAGCAAAGAUCUGUUUAUUAUGUUAAAAGUUUUUCAUUUUAUGCAAAAUAAGUUGUUUUUUUAAUGGCAGUUGCAAAAUUAGGCUUUCAUUUGUGUAUUCAAUCUGAUGUUGGUUAUGUUUUUUCCUAGGAUU